AUUGAAUUUAAGAGUUUUAUGAGAAUAAUAGUAUUAACUAAUAAUUAAAUUUAAUUGGAUCAAAAUUAUAAAAUUUGUACAGAUAUAUACAUAUCACGAUGCUUAAAUAUCAUGAACCAGUAUCAGCAUUUGCAAUGUAUGCUAUGAAACGCAAAAAUACAGAAUCAUCAUCGAAUUCAAAAAAAUUAAAAAGAAAACAUAGUUCUCUUCAAGAUAAAAAAGUAGUUUCAAUUGGUGAUACAAAAUUUAAAAUACAAGAAAAGACAAAACAAAUAUCCAUACAUAAAAAUGUUCAAGGAACAAAUAAAGUUUCAAUAAAUAAAAUUCCAAAUAUAAAUAAAAAAAAGAAUUUAAUAUCUAAAAAAACUAAUUCAUCUAUAAUUUCUAAGAAAAAUAAAUUAAUUAAAAAACCAAUACAUAAAAAAAAAAAUAAGAAUAUAAUCUUAAUUUCUGGUUCAAAGAAAGUUGAACCAAAGAAAAAAUUAAAAAAUUCUGUUUUAAUGGUGAAUAGAGCUCUUGCAAAAAUGAAACAAAUUAAACAAAAACAAAUUAGAAAAACAAGAGUAAUAAAAAGGACCAUUCAAGAAACUACUUCUUAUUCUAAUUGUGAAACAUCUGAAGAAAAUCAUGAGAAUCCUGUAAAAACAAGUCGUUCAAUGUUUGAAUGGUUAAUAUAUCCUAUGAAAAUAGAGGAGUUUUUUGAAAAGAAUUGGGAGAAAACACCUGUUCAUAUAAAAAGGAAUUUUCCUAAGUAUUAUAAAUUACUUAUAUCUACUCCAAUGUUAGAUAAAAUAUUAAGAGAGUCCUAUAUUUUAUUUACAAAAAAUAUUGAUAUUACUUCAUAUGAAAAUGGUAUAAGGGAAACUCAUAAUCCAAUUGGUCGUGCAGUUCCAACUGUUGUUUGGGAUUAUUAUAUGAAUGGAUGUUCUGUUCGAAUGUUAAAUCCACAAACAUACAUACCAAAAUUACAUUCAUUAAAUGCUACACUUCAAGAAUUCUUUGGUUGCUUUAUUGGUGCAAAUUCCUAUCUAACACCACCUAAUAGUCAAGGUUUUGCACCACAUUAUGAUGAUAUUGAGGCUUUUAUAUUACAAAUUGAAGGUAAAAAGAGAUGGAGAUUGUAUAAACCACGAAACCAGAAUGAAUAUUUGCCAAGAUAUUCUUCAGAAAAUUUUUCACAAUUUGAGAUUGGAGAACCUAUACUAGAUACAAUUGUAAACGAAGGAGAUUUAUUAUAUUUUCCACGAGGAACAAUUCAUCAAGGUGAAACUAUCGAUAAUACACAUAGUCUUCAUAUUACGUUAAGUGUUUAUCAGAAAAAUAGUUGGGGUGAUUUUUUGGAAAAAUUACUUCCAAAUGCAUUAACAGCUGCUAUAAAAGAAGACUAUGAAUUUCGAAAAGGAUUACCUAUUGAUUAUUUAAGAUAUUGUGGAUAUGUACAUUCUGAGAUUCAAAAUAAUUCCAAAGAUAAAUUCAAAGAAAAAAUAAAACAUUUACUUAGUAAAUUAAUAGAUUAUAUUGACAUUGAUGAAACUGCAGAUUUAAUGGCAAAAAAUCAUAUUCAUGAUUUUUUACCACCUGUUCUUUCUGAAAGCGAACGGGAAUGUUCUGUUACUCAAGAUGGUGAAAAAAUGAUUGAAAAUGGAAUUGUUAAUAAUAGAGUAGAAAUAGAACCUGAUACUAGAUUUCGGUUAGCAAGAUCUCAUUGUAUAAGAUUAAUUAAAGAGAAUGAAUCAUUUAAAAUAUAUUAUUCAAGUGAAAAUUCUAAAGAAUAUCAUGAGUAUGAAUCACAAUUUUUAGAAGUUAGUGAAGAAUUUAUACCUGCUAUUCGAAAAAUGAUAUUGCAAUAUCCUAAUUUUAUACGUGUAGAAGACUUGCCAAUUAAUGGUGAAGACAAUAAGAUACAAAUAGUCAAAGAUCUUUGGGAAAAAUGUCUUAUAGUAACAGACAAUCCAUUAUGUAUAUUGGAAUAAUUGUAUAUUUUAAGUAAUUUGUACAAAAAUUAAAAAAAAAAUAAAUAUUAAAAGUC